AUGAAGGGACCGUGGAUGGUCAUCUUCGGGUGGAGAAACGACGUGGAGUUCUCAAACCUCGGCUGCGGUCGAGUCAACCCGUUCGCAGACGAUCGCAUAGUUCCGGUCUCGGUCUUCAGCGAGCACGAGGUUGAUCAACUCCACGAGGUUCGUCGGCGUCUGGAAGCUGCAGCCGACGAUGUCCACAAACGCGGAGACGUUUGGUACGAUCCGUGGCUGCCGGCGUACGGCUGCGCGCUGCAGAAGACAAAGGUGAACGCGGCGGUGGUGAAGCUCGAGGUGCUUUUCGUCGACGGGUGGGAGCGCACGCUGCACUUCCUGCUGACGGGCGAGUGUGUUCAUAGCGCCGUCCCCAAGGCGUAUCACGUGCUGCACUGCGCCGACUUGGACUCGGCGCUGGAGGAGAACUUCAACAAAAAGUUCGACUCGAAGCUGUGGAAAGCGCAACAGGGCAAAGGCUCGAAGCGGAGCGCAGCGAUUAACGACUUGGGGCAUCAGAAGACGCCGCAGUUCAUUGCAGCCGUGGUGCGUCGUGCGGUUGCUGCAGUCACUUCGGCCAAGGAAGAGAACGAAGACAACGGGUUUGAACGUGACAAGCGGUUUUCUCCCCACGGCGGAACGACGGAUGUUGGGCAGCACACUGGGGGACGACCUCGUGACACCUGCUGGCCGCUAGUACACGCGGCGAUAUCGCGCAACCUCUGCUGUGGUCCAGGUUUGUUCCGGAAGACGAUGGCAAUGUUUCACUUGGGUUUGCUCAAGAAGACGAUUUACCAGACUCAAGGAGCCUUUCGACGAGGGAUCGACGUGAAAAGCGGGUGCGACUCAAGCCUCGUGGAGCUUCUGGACGGCGGGUACGACGUCUCCGGUCUGCAAGACGAAUGCGCUGCGCUCCGGGCCAACGUUGACGAAUUAAUCGGUCAGUUGAACCGACAGAGUACAUCGCAGUACCAUCUACCAGACUCCACAGCGUUGCAACAACUCAACGCACUGAGUUCCGAAGUGCUGAUUGAAUCCCCUAAGCGAGGCAAGGGUUUGAACGGUGAUGAAGAUGCAGAAGAGCGCCGCCGCCGUGCGUUGGGAAAUCUGAACGGGUGCUGGUUCAUUGACGGAGCGAUGUGCAGUCUCCGAGAUCUGCUCGGGUGGGAGAAAACCACCGGCACAUCGAACGCGAAUAAGUGCGUCUUGGUGCUGCGGACGGUGGAGACGUUCAUGUUCACGAGAUCUCAUGAACUGGUGGAUGACGAUCAAGUUGCCGACAACGACGAAGGACAAUUCGUCGAGCAGAUGCAGUCACUCGUUACCGCCUACCAAAAUGCCGCGGCUACGUGGCGUCAGCUCCCUCGAGAUAAGUCCGUCUUGGACGUGGAGCAGCGCAGUCGUGAACUGCUCGUGCUGUGGAUUGCGUUCUGUCUCGUUCACAAAAGUUGUGUUGUCGACGUGCCGCUGUGUGCCGAAUACAACAUUGCGCUGGACUGGAAGGACCUCAAGGUGGCGGUUCUGAGCGAGCGAGCUGCCAUCUCCGCGCUACAAAACGUUGCCGAGUACAGUCGCGGGUGGAAUGACCGCACCAAGGGGCUCCAGCUCUUUCACAUGACGAACCAAGGCCCCACGUUUGGGUUCGCGCGAAGGUUUGGACUGGACAGCAGCGCGAUGGUCGCUGCCUACAACCGCACUUGGGUCAUGAAAUUGAAAUCUAUCCGCCGCUCAGGUUUCCCCCAAAUGAGAUUAGAGUGA